GCAAGGCGUCUCCUUCCGCAAAGACUCGGCUCGUUGACUGCGACGACUGCAACUGUAAGCCGACUGCGCACGUUCUCGCUUCCAAUUCAUCGCGACGCUCAUCGUGAUUCCCAGCCGGCUACCGCUCGCACAAUGCAUAUCCAAUCGAUUCCCAUGUGGACGGGGAGGAGCGACAACUACGCCUACCUCGUCGUCGAUGACAAAUCCAAGGAAGCUGUCAUUGUGGACCCGGCCCACCCGGCUGAGGUCGCUCCCGUGCUAAAGAAGGCCAUCAAGGACGGGUCGAUCAAGCUCAAGGCCAUCAUUAACACCCACCACCAUUGGGACCAUGCGGGCGGAAACGCGGGGCUCCUCUCUGAGCUCGGCCAACCGCUCGAGGUGAUUGGCGGCAAGGACUGCCAGAAGGUGACCAAGACGCCAAAGCACGGCGAGACCUUCAACCUCGGCAGCAUCGCGGUCAAGGCGCUGCACACACCGUGCCACACCCAGGACAGCAUCUGCUUCUUCAUGCAGGAUGGCGACGACAAGGCCGUGUUCACGGGGGAUACCCUGUUCCACGGGGGCUGCGGCAAGUUCUUCGAGGGCACGGGCGAGGAGAUGCAUAAAGCCUUGAAUGUGACACUGGGCUCUCUCCCCGACGACACCCGGGUCUUUCCGGGCCACGAGUACACCAAGUCCAACGCCAAGUUCGCGCUGUCGGUCCUGCCCAGCCCCGCAGUCAAGGCGCUGGAGGCGUUCGCCAAGGACAACGCGGAGACGCAGGGCAAGUUUACGAUCGGCGACGAGAAGCAGCACAAUGUGUUCAUGAGGCCGCAGGACCCGGAAAUCCAGAAGGCCACCGGCGAAACCGACCCGGUGGCCAUCAUGACCAAGCUGCGCGAGAUGAAGAACAACUUUAAGUGAGUCGGAUUAGGGGCGGGCCGAACGACGCGGGAAGGAGAUUGACCCAGAUGUCAUGCUCAGGGAGGUGGCUCCUCCCGAGAAAGCCAAAUGGUAGCGACGGAAGACCUGUCGUCGGUAGGACGUUACGCUGGAAAUCAAAUCAGGCACGUACAGGCAGGCAGGUAGCCAGCUGGAAACUUAAAUUAGCUUACACAGUGGAUGUCUCCACGAGCCUAUGCCAUCGAGAUCCGACAG